UCCUCUUCGGUCUCCGCCGUCGGCUAUUCUUUGAUUUUGGCUGUCGACUGUCAUCCUUUGUUCGUCUUCUUUAGUGUCUGACAAAGGUUGUGUCACCGGCGUUCAUAUCAGAGUCGAACGAUGAUCUACCGUAAUAGGUUUGUGAAUUAAGAUUGUUUUUGUAUUGCAUGAGAAGAAUUGUUGAUCUGAUGUUAUAGAAUGGUUAUGACAAGUUGGAUAAACAUUGAAAUCUUGUGAUUUUGUUGCGGCUGUAUUUAUGAGAAUGCCUUUUAGUUGCUAUAGAACUAAGACCAUCUUCUUAUUUUUGCUCCACGCUGAAUAAUCAUUCUAAUCUCUGGUGACUAGUAUUGGCAUGCUACACCAUCUUUUCCAUGUUAAGCUUAAGGCAUCAUUUGCCAUCGACCCCUUUACCAUCAUUAAAUACCUCUCCUCCACAACGCCUUUUAUCACAUCUUGUCUGCUAAAACAAUGCAAAUCCUUAACCCAAACCUGCCUCAUCCAUCAGCAGGUGGUAGUCCAAAACUUUACCCACAUCUGUACUUCCCACCUCAUUGGUGCUUACAUUUUCCACAACUCUCCUUCCCAUGCUCUAUCCCUUCUGAUACGCAUUUCACCCUCAACGUCCUCUGUCUACUGGUGGAAUGUUUUAAUCCGUCGUGCUGUUAACCUUAGGCUACUUGACAAUGCACUCCAUCUUUUCCUCCUUAUGGUGAGGCUUGGAUGGCAUCCUGAUCAGUACACUUUCCCUUUUGUCCUGAAGGCCUACGGUGAGCUCAACUAUUUUUGUAGUGGCUCUUCCGUUCAUGCUCUGAUUUGCACAAGUGGGUUUGAUUCAAAUGUCUUUGUUUGCAAUGCACUAGUGGCUAUGUACGCCCGAUGUGGGGCCUUGGACUAUGCACAACAGAUGUUUAAUGAGAUGGAUCAAAGAAAUAUUAAUGAUCGUGUUUCAUGGAAUACAAUUGUAGCGGCUUACAUGCAAAGCGGCAAUGUAGAAACUGGGUUUUUGUUGUUUAAUAGAAUGACUUAUGAUGCGAAAGUCCAGAUGGAUGCUUUUAGUCUAGUCAAUGUGCUUCCUGCAUGUGCAUCCAUUGGUGCAUGGUUGAGGGGUAAGCAAGUGCACGGUUAUGCAAUGAGGAAUGGAUUGUUUGAGGAUGUGUUUGUGGGAAAUGCAUUGGUGGAUAUGUAUGCAAAAUGUGGAAUGAUGGAGGAGGCGAAGAAGGUUUUUGAGAGGAUGAAGGUGAAGGAUGUGGUUUCUUGGAAUGCCAUGGUUACUGGGUAUUCUCAAAUUGGUAGCUUUGAAGAUGCUCUUGGGUUGUUUGAGAAGAUGAUGAAGGAGAAGAUACAAUUAAAUGUUGUGACAUGGAGUGCUGUAAUUUCAGGAUAUGCACAGAGGGGGCAUGGUUACAAAGCCUUAGACGUAUUUAGACAAAUGCAGUCUUGUGGGUCAAAGCCAAAUAUUAUUACUCUUAUGUCACUUCUUUCAGGUUGUGCUUCAGUUGGAGCAUUGCUUCAUGGGAAGGAGGUACAUUGUUAUGCUAUCAAAUGUUUUUUGAGUUUAGAUCUAAGCAAUUCAGGAGAUGAUCUUGUGAUAAUUAAUGCUCUGAUUGACAUGUAUGCUAAGUGUAAGAAACUCAAUGUGGCACAUGCAAUGUUUGAUACAAUUGCACCAACAGAAAGGAAUGUAGUGACUUGGACGGCCAUAAUCGCUGGUUAUUCUCAACAUGGGGAAGCCAAUGAUGCACUAGGACUUUUUGCUCAAAUGGUACUGCAUGAUAGAUUUGUAAAGCCAAAUGCUUUUACUUUAUCUUGUGUUCUGAUGGCUUGUGCUCAUUUGGCUGCACUGAGGUUUGGUAAAGAAAUUCACACUUUUGUUUUACGGAACCAGUAUGAAUCAAAUAUGCUAUUUGUUGAUAACAGCCUGCUGGAUAUGUAUUCAAAAUCAGGAGAUAUUAAUGCUGCUAGAGUUGUAUUUGAUAACAUGCCACAAAGAAAUGCUGUUUCAUGGACAUCCUUGAUGUCAGGUUAUGGUAUGCAUGGGCAUGGAGAUGAAGUUCUCUACCUUUUUGAUGAGAUGAAAGAAGGAGGUCCGGUGCCUGAUGGCAUAGCGUUCCUUGUGGUGCUUUAUGCUUGUAGCCACUCAGGAAUGGUUGAUGAAGGAUUAAAUUAUUUCUAUGGCAUGAGUAAGGAAUAUGGUAUUAGCCCAGGGCCAGAACACUUUGCUUGCAUCGUUGACUUAUUGGGUCGUGCUGGUCGUUUGGAUGAAGCUAUGAAACUUAUAAAAGAUAUGCCCAUGGAACCAAGCCCUGUAAUUUGGGUGGCACUGCUUAAUGGUUGCAGGAUCCAUGCUAACAUAGAACUUGGGGAAUAUGCUGCAAAUCAAUUGCUAGAAUUGGAGUCAGAGAAUGAUGGCUCAUAUACGUUGCUCUCAAACAUCUAUGCAAAUGCUGGGCGUUGGAAAGAUGUUGCCAGGAUUAGAUCUUUGAUGAAACAUACUGGGAUUAAGAAGAGGCCUGGUUGCAGCUGGGUACAGGGAAAGAAAGGCACUGCAACCUUCUUUGUAGGUGACCGGACGCAUCCACAGUCUCAACAAAUAUAUGAAAUCCUUGCAGACCUGAUUCAACGCAUUAAAGCCAUGGGUUAUAUCCCAGAGACAAGCUUUGCACUCCAUGAUGUGAAUGAUGAAGAAAAAGGUGAUCUUCUUUUUGAACAUAGUGAGAAAUUGGCUCUUGCAUAUGCAAUCCUAACUACAGCUCCCGGGGCACCUCUCCGGAUCACUAAGAAUUUACGCAUCUGUGGUGAUUGCCACACUGCAAUAACAUACAUAUCCAUGAUUAUUGAACAUGAAAUUAUUUUGAGAGACUCAAGCCGCUUCCACCACUUCAAGAACGGAUCUUGCUCCUGCAGAGGCUAUUGGUGAUGCUGGAAUGUUACUUGUCCAGUUGAGUAAUUAAAUGUACCAGAGCUUUUGAAAUGUAAAUUUUUUUAUUUGGUGCACUUUCGUUUAAGUUUUUCAAGUCUUUGAAGUCAGCAAAUUGAAAUAGUUUGGACACUGCAUUUUUUGUUUUUUAUUUUUUUGUGUCUAUUUAAAGGUUGUAACGGGUUCAAUAUCCUUUUACUGAGCAAGGAUUGGUAGCAGAAAGUUGAUGACCAACUCUCGCCUGUCUGCGACACAAUUUGUAAGUUGAAGCUCCCAUUGUUACAUUUUCUCUUUGGAGAGAUUCAGACUAACUCAUAAGUCAAUUGUUCGAAGACAUGAAUUUUUAUGGCCACUGCAGGGAGAUCAAUGCAAGUUUUUUGUCAGUGCUUAUGUUUUGUAGAAUAAAUUUGUUUCCAGGAUUUUCAUCUGCCAUAUUCUCAAGCUUCCUGGCACGUGUAAGUCAAUUCUUUCUUGAACUUCUCUAUUUCCAAGAAUUAGUAAACACUUCGGUUUCACUUCAAUUCUGUACUUGUAAAUUUACUGUGCUGGUCUAUUCUAAAAGAAUUUAGUCCCCGAUUUUAUCAUUUAUGAUGUAGAAUGUUCGGAUCAUAUGUUUUGCAAGUUCACAGCAGUCAAUGCCUUAAAAAUUAUGCAGAAACCACGAGGAUUUGAUUGUUUAUUGACCAACACGCUGUUAUUUACUUACCAAAAAAAAAAACAUGGAUGUCAUUUUCAUUUGAGGAAUGUUGCUCUUGCGAUCUUCCUUCAAAAGCCAGGAGGUUUCAGUGUUUUUCACCCAAUUAUAUUGUUGCUCUUGUUUCUUGCAAGGACUUGUGUACAGGACUUUUUCUUUUGGAUGGAGAGUAACAAAUUCAAGCUUCUGCUACUUCUGCACAAAUUCAUGGUUCACCUCCUACAGAGAAUUUGUUCUGAGAAGCUCCAUUGAUAGGAAAAAAUAACAUUUCACCUCUCGAAGUUGGAAGACGGGGUUGAGUUGGAUGCGAUGGUACUCUGCUUUGAUUCUAUGAAUAUAACCGAUGAAUGUGUAUGGUUGUGCGGUGAUUUACUGGCAUUGUGUCAUUUUGUUACCAAACGAUACACAUUCUUCGAACCGAGAACUCAGGAAGGUCUGUUGAUCUGUAGGCUAUCGGUUUGUUGAGGAGACAACGGCCUCUUGUCAAUUUUCAGUUCUCAGGUAGGAUGGCUAUCAAUUUUUUUUAGCUUUUGACAUGAAUUCUGUCUUCAGCAGCAUCCAUUUUGUGCUGGGUAUUCAACUUCAUUUUCAUUUUAAACAGAAUUGGUCGCUUCUGUGGGAUCAUUUCGAAUGAAUUUGUAUUGAAGUGGCACAGUGCUCUUAAUAAUAUUUGAAAUUGAAUUUUUUUAUGGAAA